CAGCUCAAACAAGACAAUGAUCUCUUCUUUCUAAUCAAGAUCAGCGAGACAACAUUCGAUUAUCUCCUCUUUCCGAUCCCCGCAUACGUCAGCCCGGUCCGGUGACUAUGACUGGGACUGGAGGAGCAUCCAUGGAUGGAUGAAUCAUGGAUGAUGAUUCAUUGCCCAUCCUUUUCAACGUCUCCAUUAUUGGCUCAUGUGGCCUAGACUCGUACUUUUGCCCCCCCUCCUUAACGAUGAGCUUGUGGUUCUGAUGCAUCAUCAUUCCCGGGGUCUGUUUCACAGUAUUGUCCCGGACCCCCUCUUCUUGAUCCCUCCAGAGGUAUAUUACCUCCUACUCCGUCGUCCCAUCUGCUUAGGUAGAUUUAUUUUCUUCCAAAAACUCAGUAUACUGUUUCCUUGCAAGCCGAUUCCAAAUCAAGUGCUAACAUUAUUGUCAACCUCUGUGGACACUGCAUCUUCGCCCAUCCAUCUUCCUUCAACCCCCAUUCCAACUGAAACCAUGAGCAACGACCAGCCACAGUCUCCCCGUCACUGGCACGGAGACCCCGGGAACCGUCACGAGCAUCUCAACGUCUGGGUCCGCGGUGGUCCGUCCUCGCCCUACUUCCGCCGUCCUUCGGUGCCAGGCGGAUCGGUGUACACUACCGCGACCGGACCGGAGAUGACUACCGAUAGACGUGGCUCGAGUUCCUCCGAUAUGUCUUCCAACUCCACCAACAUGUCCAGCAGUCCGCCUCGGGCCCCGGACCGGAGACGCUCCAGUGGCCAAAACUCAUCCUUGUUCGAGGGUUUGACUAGUCAGAAGCGGAACUCGGCCGACCCCAACUUUGCAUCACGCCGUGAGAGCUAUACAGAGCAGGCUCAGACGGGUGGGAUGUUCGCCCGGUGGUGGGAUGGAUACACCCGCGGAUCUAACCAGGGAAAGUAAAACCACAGGAGGUGUAUAUCUUUGGUAGUAUGCAACGAGUUUAGUCUUUUGUAUCCGCUGUCAUAUUUUGUUUUGUGUUUGUGGUGAGAGAAAGCAUGGGGCGAGAGAAAAGGAAACCACUCAAAUGUCCUUGUUGUGUGUAUGGGAGCAGAACAUGUUGACGGGCUGGUUCGAUAUUAUGUCAAAUAUGCAUCGCAGUCAUAGUGUAUUCUCAUGAGAUCAGUGUUCG